UUAACCAAUCAGCAGUUUUUAUUAGAACAGGGCACUCCUAGUGACAUUUUAGGGAUGCUGAAGUCAUUACAUCAACUUCAAGUAGAAAAUCGAAGAUUAGAGGAACAGAUUAAAAACUUGACCGCCAAAAAGGAGCGCCUUCAGUUACUGAAUGCGCAGCUCUCAGUGCCUUUCCCAACGAUCGCAGCAAACCCCAGCCCCUCCCACCAGAUGCACGCGUUUCCAGCACAGAGUGCUCCUACUACUGAUUCCUUGAACAGCAGUAAGAGCCCUCAUCUAGGAAACAGCUUUUUACCUGAUAAUUCUCUUCCUGUAUUAAAUCAGGACUUAACCUCCAGCGGACAAAGCACCAGCAGCUCAUCGGCUCUUUCUACUCCACCUCCUGCCGGGCAGAGUCCAGCUCAGCAGGGCUCAGGCGUUAGUGGAGUUCAGCAGGUCAAUGGUGUGACAGUGGGGGCGCUGGCUAGUGGAAUGCCGACUGUAACAUCCACCAUUCCUGCCGUGCCUGGAGUGGGUGGAAUAAUUGGAGCUUUGCCAGGUAACCAACUGGCAAUUAAUGGCAUUGUAGGAGCUUUAAAUGGGGUUGUUCAGACCCCUGUCAAGAUGUCCCAGAACCCUACCCCCCUCACCCACACAACUGUACCACCUAAUGCAACACAUCCAAUGCCAGCUACACUGACUAACAGUGCCUCAGGACUAGGAUUACUUUCUGACCAGCAAAGACAAAUAUUUCUUCAUCAACAGCAAUUCCAGCAGUUGUUAAAUUCACAACAGCUCACACCAGAGCAGCACCAGGCGCUUCUGUACCAGCUGGUGCAGCACCACCAGCAGCAGCACCACCAGCCCGACCUCCAGCAGCUGCAAAUCCCGGGACCCACGCAGAUUCCCAUCAACAACCUGCUCGCAGGCACGCAGGCGCCUGCCCUCCACCCAGCCACCACCAACCCGGUCCUCACCAUCCACGGUGAUAACGCAAGUCAGAAGGUAACUAGACUUAGUGAUAAAAGUGGGCCUGUUGCUCAAGAGAAAAGUUGACACUUGAGAAAAAAACAUCUAGAAAUGGCCUAUCCUGCUGUCCUAGCACUUCAUCUGGCUGCUGUUGCAGUCCUUUUACUACACCUAUGAAGAAAUGCAACAAGAAACCAGCUGCACGACAAAGGGUUAAUUGCCAUGAGAGCAUUCUUGUAAGGUUUUGGUUGAUGUUGCUUUGUUGCACUGAAAUGAAAUUCCCAUAUCCCCUACCCCUCUCCCAGAUUAUUUUGAACUUUGAAAGAAAAUUGAAUGGCUAACUUUGGUCAGUGAAAUAAUUUACAUGGCAAUGAGUUUAUCAACCUAAGAGAAAUUUAAUAUAGUUGGUGCACAACUAAUUUUGAUUAUAAAUUGCAGAGAUGACUAGCAAAACUAAAGACUUGUUCUAUUUAUAAACCUUUUGAUUUUAUUGUACCAGUUGGAACAUGAAAUAUGAUCUUUUGUUUGGGUUACAGUACAUUUGCUCUGUGAGUCAAACCUUAAAACAAAUUUCAAGGAACUGUUGAAUUUC